AUGCAUCUGCUAUUGCUCAUUGCCGCCUCCCUGUUGGCCAACUGCUCCGCCCGUCCUCAGUACAACCCGCAACCGUAUCCACCGGCCCUCCAUGUCCGUCAAGCUUCAAGUGGAAACAAUACUUUGCUGCAGGUUGACCUUGGCUACGAAGUCUACCAAGGCUAUACCAACUCGACUACGGGAUUGAACCUGUGGAAAGGAAUUCGGUUUGCAGCUCCCCCAACUGGCUCGAACAGAUGGCAAGCGCCUCAAGCUCCUCAAUCAAACCGUGAUUCUGUGAUUCAAGCGACCCAAUUUGGUCCCAUAUGUCCACAAAAUCAGGAUACAACAAAUACCCUGGUGCCUCUUAACAGUACAGGGUCGAGCGAGGACUGUCUGUUUCUCAACGUCUACGCGCCGUCAAAUCGUUCGGGUCCGCUCCCCGUGCUUUUCUACAUUCACGGCGGAGGCUAUGGAAGAGGGAACGGCCAGCAGGAUCUGUCAGCUAUCAUCAAUGCUAACAAUAACUCCUUUGUCGGUGUGACAAUCCAGUACAGGCUGGGUGCCUUUGGAUUUCUUGCUGGAGAUGAAGUCUUCCGAAAUGGAGUGGUCAAUGCUGGCUUGCUAGACCAACAUCUCGCGCUGCAGUGGACCCAGAGGUACAUCUCGCUGUUCGGAGGGGAUCCCAACCACGUGACGAUAGCUGGGCAAUCGGCAGGCGCCGGAUCCGUCAUGCUGCAUGACAUGGCAUACGGUGGCUCGCUUGGCCAGUCACUUUUCAGAAAUACGAUCGCCUCAUCGCCAUACCUACCGAUGCAGUACGGAUAUAAGGAUUGGCAACCUUCGCAGGCAUAUUACGCCUUUGCCUCAAUGGUUGGCUGCGCACCGACCUUGCCCUAUGGUGCUCAUCCUAACACAAUAUUUGACUGUCUUGUUGCUCAAGAUUCGGCAACUCUACAAAACGCGAGUGCCACCUUGUCCGAGGUUGGCAAAUAUGGAACUUGGUCUUUCUUGCCGGUGACGGACGGCAUCUUUGUACAAGAUCUCCCCAGCCGCCAGCUCUUGCGGAAAGAGCUCAAUGGACUAAACUUGUUGGUGAGCAAUAAUGCUCUUGAAGGACCGGCAUAUACGCAACCCAACAUCACGACAGAAGACGACCUGGUGGCGUGGUUACAGCUGACGUUUCCGCUGUUCACAAAUGAUGACAUUGCCAAAGUUCUUCUGUAUUAUCCAAGUUCGAAUGACUCGACUGAUCCCGAUGCCCCAUUGUAUGCUUCUUCCGGGACCGGGCUACCGAGUUUCAUCAACCAGAGCAGCGUCGCUACAGGACAGCAGCAGAGAGCCUUUGCUAUCUAUUCGGAGACGACGUUUGUUUGCCCCUCGUACUGGAUGGCAGAGGCUUACAGUGACCACGGACGCACCUCGUUCAAGUAUCAAUACUCUGUGCCCAUUGCUGUCCACGGUACCGACUUAACGGCAUACUUUGGACCGCCCACACCGAAUCAAAGCCCGGACUUUGUCAACGCAGCCAUGAAGAUUUGGGGCAGCUUCAUCACAUCGGACAGCCCAUCUAUUUCCAAUGCUGUUGCCAAUGGACUUUCGUCCAACAGUACCCAAAACAAUCCAGCAUCUGAUUGGCCUCCUUUCAAGAUGUACUCACCUUACCAGAUCAACCUCAACGUUACGGGGGGCACGCCGUUCGCAUUCAAUCUGUCCUACAUCAAAGCCAACUUGACAGAAUACGGGGAACCGGGGCUGGUCAACAAUUUCACGCUGGUCGAUGCAUAUACGUGGGAAGCCGGGAGAGGGUAUCGCUGUGACAUGUGGAGGAGCUUAGGCCCGAUCGUGCCCGAGUGA